AUGGAGACCACCCACAAGAGUGAGCGUCAGGAGAUGGAGAAAAAGCUCGAAAGCAACAAGAAGGAGCUCCAGCAGCUUGUGGCGGGCUUGGAGGAGAAAUUUGGGGGCUCAGGGGCCCCAAGCGGUGAUGAUGGUGUAAAGAAGGGAGCAGAAGCGCAGAUCAUGAAGAAGGUGGCUACAAGGCUUCAAGACUUUGAGUCCCAGAUCACUGCGCAGCUGUCGAACGUGAGUACGGACUUUGACAAGAAGAUCUCACACAUGCAGCGCUCGACCGGCACUACUAAGCCAAUUGAUGGUGUUGGUGCUGAGACAGGUCUUGACACCAUGGCGGAGGAUGUGGACCAGUUGAAGUUCGAUGUUGGUGAGCUGAAAGACCUCCUGACCAACAGCAAAGGGGAGGUGAACCACAUCCGUCGCAUUGUUUUGGCCUGUGAGCGGGACAUGGAAGAUUUCACCGCUGCAAUGGAUGCCGUGAACGUCGACUUGGAUGAGAUGCGCGCACGUGUGGAUGCCACACACUCCAUCAUCACCAGCCGCCAGCGAGUGGAAGCCACAAUGACAGCAGAGAUUUCCACCAUGCGUUUGGACAUCGGAGAUAUCCAAGAAGCUCUCAAGAAUCAUGAUUCAUGGAUGGAGGAUGUCUCGAACACUUUGCAGCAGAUGCAAGAGAAGGAGGACAACACCACGGAAGACUUGAUCAACCUCAAGAACGAAUUCAAUACAAAGUUGGAUGGCAAAGUGGACAAUGUUGCGUGGAAGGAGGCCAACGACGACUUGGACGCUGCCGUCAAGACGGUUCGGGACAUGGUCUCCUCGUUGCGCCUGGAUGUGGAUGCACGCCGUCGCAAGGUUGAUGAGAUCCUCUCCACGAUGCGCCAUGACGUCACCUCGGUUGAGACGAACUUGGAGGAGUCCAAGAGCAAACUGGCAACGGAUACGGAUCAUGCCAUCAACGCGUUGAAUGGCCGCAUUGACUUCACCAACAAGGAUUUGUCAGCCACACAGGAAAGCCUCCACACCACGCAAAAUUCUUUGAGCGACUGCUUCAAUGAGGUGGCAGUGGUGCGAAGUGACUUGGAGCGCUCCAUUGCAGACACGGAGGCACGAGCCAAGAACGAUACCCGCCAGAAGCAGCAAGAAACCCUUGAGAAGAUUGGAGAUGUGGAGCAGCAGGGGGAGCUAAGGGCCGCAGAAGCCUCUAGGCGCCUAGGGGCAUUGGACCUCCGCAUGAGCGGCGUACAAGGAGGUUUGGGCGAGCAGAAACGUGACAUUCUGAAGCUUCGUGAAGAGGUGAAUGGCUUGACCGUGAAGAGCGCCAGCCACGAAGUUGACAUUUCGAAGUGUGGGGAUUCCUUCAAGAAGAUGGAGAAGCAGCGCAAUUUGGAUGCACAGAACAUCAAGGCUCAGUUGGAUGCCAUCCAUGACGUGCUCGAUACCAAGGUCAACGAGAAACCAUUUGAGGAUGUGAAGCAUUGUGUGUCGUCAUUGACCAAAGGUGUGGUGAAGUUCGCCCAGGUGGUCGGGGUCUUCCCAGGUCCCCGCUUUGAUGAUGCUGAGGGGGCCGAGAGUGGGGAAGCCGAUGUGGAGCUCUUGGGCUGGGAGGAGAGUGCUGAAACCUUCUCCUUCCGUGUGGAUAAAGCUUGGCGCCAGCGAUGCUCCCAACGCUUCCGAAACAUCCUGGACAUGAUUGCCAAGAAGGCGGACCACAGCGUGCUACGGUUGCUGCAAAUCUCACAGCAGCACAUCGAGUCACAGCUGGAGCGCGUCAAACAUGAACGCGAACUGUGGAAGGAAGUCGUUGAGCGUCGCCAGCAGCAACCUUUGCAACUGGCCCUGUCCAUGAAAGAUCCGGCAGUGGAGGGAAGUCAGACGGCCAGGGGUCCCUUCCGUGGAUGA